AUGUACACUCAGAACCCCCGCACCCCUAUACAAUCGGAGCCCAUGCCCCCUACACUCGGAGCCCACACCCCUACACUCAGAGCCCAUGUCCCCUACACUCAGAGCCCAUGCCCCCUACACUCAGAGCCCUUGCCCCCUACACUCAGAGCCCAAGCCCCCUACACUGAGAGCCCAUGCCCCCUACACUCGGAGCCCACACCCUCUACACUCGGCCCACACCCCUAUACUCGGAGCUCUCACCCUCUACACUCAGAGCCCAGCCCCCUACACUCAGAGCCCAAGCCCCCUACACUGAGAGCCCAUGCCCCCUACACUCGGAGCCCACACCCUCUACACUCAGAGCCCACACCCCUAUACUCGGAGCUCUCACCCUCUACACUCAGAGCCCUUGCCCCCCCUACACUCAGAGCCCAAGCCCCCUACACUCAGAGCCCACGCUCCCUACACUCAGAGCCCACGCCCUCUACACUCGGAGCCCUUGCCCCCUACACUCAGAACCCACGCCCCCUACACUCGGAGCCCAAGCCCCCUACACUCAGAGCCCACGCCCCCUACACUCAGAGCCCACGCCCUCUACACUCAGAGCCCUUGCCCCCUACACUCAGAACCCACGCCCCCUACACUCGGAGCCCAAGCCCCCUACACUCAGAGCCCAAGCCCCCUACACUCGGAGCCCAGCCCCCUACACUCAGAGCCCAUGCCCCCUACACUCAGAGCCCAUGUCCCCUACACUCAGAGCCCAUGCCCCCUACACUCGGAGCCCAGCCCCCUACACUCGGAGCCCAGCCCCCUACACUCAGAGCCCAAGCCCCCUAUACUCGGAGCCCACACCCUCUACACUCAGAGCCCAUGUCCCCUACACUCAGAGCCCAAGCCCCCUAUACUCGGAGCUCUCACCCUCUACACUCAGAGCCCAUGCCCCCUACACUCAGAGCCCUUGCCCCCUACAAUCGGAGCCCAUGCCCCCUACACUCGGAGCCCACACCCCUACACUCAGAGCCCAUGUCCCCUACACUCAGAGCCCAUGCCCCCUACACUCGGAGCCCAGCCCCCUACACUCGGAGCCCAGCCCCCUACACUCAGAGCCCAAGCCCCCUAUACUCAGAGCCCAUGCCCCCCUACACUCGGAGCCCAGCCCCCUACACUCAGAGCCCAAGCCCCCUAUACUCGGAGCUCUCACCCUCUACACUCGGAUCUCUCACCCUCUACACUCAGAGCACAUGCCCCCUACACUCAGAGCCCUUGCCCCCUACACUCAGAGCCCAAGCCCCCUACACUGAGAGCCCAUGCCCCCUACACUCGGAGCCCACACCCCUACACUCAGAGCCCAUGCCCCCUACACUCAGAGCCCAUGCCCCCUACACUCAGAGCCCUUGCCCCCUACAAUCGGAGCCCAUGCCCCCUACACUCGGAGCCCACACCCCUACACACAGAGCCCAUGUCCCCUACACUCAGAGCCCAUGCCCCCUACACUCGGAGCCCAGCCCCCUACACUCGGAGUCCAGCCCCCUACACUCAGAGCCCAAGCCCCCUAUACUCGGAGCCCACACCCUCUACACUCAGAGCCCACACCCCUAUACUCGGAGCUCUCACCCUCUACACUCAGAGCCCUUGCCCCCUACACUCAGAGCCCACGCCCCCUACACUCAGAGCCCACGCCCUCUACACUCAGAGCCCUUGCCCCCUACACUCAGAGCCCACGCCCCCCUACACUCGGAGCCCAAGCCCCCUACACUCAGAGCCAACGGUCCCUACACUCAGAGCCCAUGCCCCCUACUACUUCUGGAGCCCCAGGCCCCAUACACUCAAGAGCCCACGCCCCCUACACUCAGAGCCCACGCCCCCUACACUCAGAACCCACGCCCCCUACACUCAGAGCCCACGCCCCCUACACUCAGAGCUCACACCCCUACACUCAGAGCCCCCCCCCCCCCCCCUACACUCAGAACCCAUGAGGGAUACACUUCAAGAAAAUUAGCAGCAGUACGUGGUGGUGUUAUUUUCUGGGAUAAUUAG